AUGUCAAAGAUUGUCUACCUAGAUGGGGUAAAAGAUGCGACGAUUUGUCCCUGGAGAACCGAUGAGACGCCAUAUCGCAAGCGGUCGUCGGCGGGUACCGUAUUUGAGGGGUCCCCAAAACGUCGUCGCACCAUACAGCUCAGAGAUGAAAACAUCAUUAAUCUACUCUACGACUCUGGGAGCGACGAAGGGGAUGACUUUGAGGAUGGCAAUGACGAAGACGAGGAUCUUGACGUCAUCAACUUUAUGGGCCUCCGUCAAUAUACCCGCCAAAUGCGAAACCGCAUCGUGGUGACGGAUCCAGAGGAUGGAUGGAUUCAGAAAAAUGAUGCAAAUGCGGAGAAUGGCCACGAUGUAAGUAUGAAUGAGAGAAUGAUCAAUGUGCAAGUAGAAUGUGAGCGGAUGGAUGAAGAAAUGAUUCACGAAAAUGUGGAUGUGGUGCAUGAAAGUGAUGAGAAUACAAGAGGAAGGGCUGGAAGUCAUGAAAGGGAAAGUGGUGAAAGGUUUGAAAGUAGCGAAAGGUCUGAUAGGUAUGAAAGGGCGGAGCAAGGGCGGGCACGCGUGAAUCCGACUUUUUCUUGGUCGGAUGAAUUUUCAACUUUUAACGCCCAGAAAGAGACGUAUACACGCGAUCCCGGUCCAGCAUUUUCGUCCAAUGAUCCCGCGGAAUAUUUCUACCAAGUCUGGGAUAGCGAGUUCAUGAAGCUGGUGGUUAGAGAGACUAAUUUAUAUGCAUGGCAAAUUAUCUCACAAUUUUCCGACCCUGAUCUCGAUGCCGAGAUUCCAAAGUACUUGGAAUUUUGGACCGAGAUCACGGUUGAGGAACUAUAUAGAUACUUCGCCGUGCUAAUAUUGAUGUCUUUCUGCCACCGCUCCAAUAUUCGCGAGUACUGGGAGACGGGGAUAAUGGGCAUGCCAGAGUUCCGCGAGAUUAUGGGGCGGAACAGGUUCCAACUGAUCAGCAAAUUUUUGCAUUUUACUUCGAAUGAAAGUUUGCUGACCAGUGGGCAUCUCAGGAAGAUUCAAAAAGUUGCACCAGUUGUGGCACAUUGCAAUAAAAAAUUCAAAGACUUAUACACUCCUGCACAACAUCUCAGCUUAGACGAGUCCUUACUGUUAUGGAAGGGCCGUCUAAGCUGGAAGCAGUGUAUUAGGUCGAAAGCUGCAAGAUAUGGCAUCAAAUCUUUCGAGCUUUGCGAGGCGGAGACUGGGUACCUCAAAUCCCGGUGUACGGACGUAUUGGGGACUUUGAACCGUCGGCGUAAUGGCAUACCACCAGCUGUGAAGGAUGUGAUGCCAAAUGUGCCGCGAGGAACUACGGUAUAUAGACAUUCCGGUGACAUCACUUUAGUUUCUUGGAAGGAUGUGAAGGUGGUCACCGUAAUCUCUACAUACCAUAUACCCGAGAUGGUUCCGGGGAGACGCUUCCUUCUAAACACUUACAUAGUGUACACCAAAAACCCCAUGUACCACGUGUACUCCCACCGCCAAUUUCGGCGAAUGCUCGUCCAUGGGCUUUUGAGCCGGUACCCUCGCGUAUCUUCAGGACCACACAGAGCACCGAGCACACCGCAAUUGCUUCAACGUCUUCAACCAGGACAACACUUCCCUGUCCACACGGAGCUUGCCUCACGGACCCAAAAGGCGAAACACAAGCAAUUACGUUGUGCUCGGUGCGCUGCUCAAAAUCGACGCGUUUCUGUCACACUGAUGUGCAAAGUGUGCAAGGUAGCGUUGUGUGUAGGUGCAUGUUUGGAAGAAUACCACACAUUGGUAAAUUUGUGA